AUGGAGGAUUUUACCCAAGCCUUGCUAGUUAUUGGAAGCCAAUUAAUGGAGCUGGAGCAGAUUGCAGGGGCUGAGGUGGGACUCUCUCAUGUUUCGGAGGUGAAUUUAGUGGGGGGGGAGGGCUCCCUGGUAGCUCUGAAAGUGGAACCGGCUGGAGCUAAAACUAUUAAGUCUUCUGCUCACUUGGGUCUUCAUCAGAAAGAUAUUAAGAAGAGUGCUUUGGAGAAAAUCUCAAAGGCCGGCAAAAAGAGAGAUUUGGAUAAAAUCAAAUUGAUGGGAGAGAAUUUGGUUGAGUCGGGUAUAAAGGAGGAAGAUGUCCAAAAGCAUUUAAGAACUGCCGAGUCAGAACUCGAACAGGGGAGAAACUCAAAUUUAUUUGACCAUAUAUUGGUUAAUGAUGACUUGGAUACAUGCUAUGACAAUCUCAAGGAAAUUCUUGGCCUUAGUAAUAUGUCCUUUCCAUUGGGAGCACCCAAUAGUCUUCCUAAUCCAUCAGUGGUAGAUUUUGAAUUCCCUUAUGAUCAAUCUGCAUCAUUAGUGAAUCAAAAAGUAAUAGUUUAUGGUGGUAUUGCAGCAGAUGGAAGAGGAGCAAAAAACAAUGCAUGUCCUUGA